AAACUUUCCAGCAUCAUGGAGCCGCAAUCACCACCCAAACGCGUCACCAGAUCACGCGCUGCUAGGUCUACAGACUCUGCACCCACCAAGGUCGUGACCACCGCGGCAAGGGCAAAGACGACGCGUGUGACAGCAACGACUUCUGUUGCCACCACUAGGACCACAGCAGCCAAGCGGAAACUCAGAUCCGAAGAUAUGGAGAACGAAGAAGCCGGCAACGACGAUGAUGAGCUGGGUGCUGUAUAUCCCGCUCCAGCACGGGCUACCAGGGCCACUCGUGGCCGGCCGCAAAAGACGGCUGAGCCAGAGCCCUCCAAGAAGACCAAAACGGAACCCACGUCGGCACCGAAACCCGAACCUGUAGCUGUCCCGAGGAGGGGCCGCCCGCCCAAGAAAAUAGCUUCCGCGACGCCUUGUGCCAAAGAGGAGACUGCCUCGGUUGCCGCCAAGCCGGUGCGAGCAGCAAGAACCAAAAAUACACAGCCUACACAGGAGGAGCCUGAAGAGGUAUCUAUCAAGCCUGCCACCCGGACACGCGCAGUGAGCGUGACAUCCAAGGCGCCUGUAAAGAAGACGGUACAGUUCGAGGAGCCGGAGAAGGAAAAUAUCCUGCCUGCUGCAGCAACCAAGACCAGAACCACGAAAGCCGCCUCCUCCACCAAGACUGCUGCACCUGAACCCCCAGCCACAGGCCUUCGCGCUAGGCCUGUGCGAAAGGCAGCACUCCCUGCUGCUGCCCGCCCAACCCGAGGCGUGGCAAAAACUUCUGCUCAAGCGAAGAAGGAGAAGGCAGAGGAGGAGCAGGAGGGAGAGCCGGGGAAGACGUCCCAGGAAAGUGGACCGACGCCGUUGAGCCCUAAAAAGAUUACACAAUUGGCACAGCCGAAAGAUCUCGAUAGGGAAGCCGAGUCUGAUGACGAGCUUGCGGGUGACAGGACUCCACACAGGCCUUUGAUGAAGAAUCCGGUCAGACCGCCAGCGAGCUUAAGGCUCGAGAUGAAGGAAGCGGAUGUGGCACUGGAAAUCAUCGAGGUUGAUAGCAAGCUGCUGCCAGUCCCGGAGCCCAGCGUGUCUGCUGGUAUUCUCAACAGCCCAGCUCGCCGUCCACAGGCUAUGCCUCACAAAGAUGUCAUGAAGUCACCAGCGCGCCGAGGUGCUGGUGUGCCGGUUAUCAACCUCCCUAAAGAUGAGUCUGGGGGCCAAGAUAACCAAUUGCCGAUGAGGGCCUCGCUUCUCAGCUCGCCUGCAAAGCGACUAAAGUCUCCGAUUAAGGGAAUGAAUCCAUCCAACCUGAACUCCUCCACGCUCAGCGACUGCAACCGCUCGCCGUUGAAGUCCUCGCUUCUCGCGUCCCCAGCCAAGCGUCCGCUGUCACCAAUCAAAGGGAUCCGCCCACCUCAACCAAGGUUCGAACAGACCUCUCAAGCUGAGCAUGUUCAGGAAGAUCACGAUCGGGAGACAGAGAUGGAUUCUACGACGACUGUGUAUCAAGCAAGAGAGCUGCCCCCAUCACCUACUAGGGCCAGCAGGCAGCAUUUCCCUGGUCGCCUCUCAACGGUGCUGCCACGACAUGCUGAUCCUGACCUGAAAAAGAAUCCCAUGCUGGGAGCUCCACGAACAUGCAGCCAUGAGGAUGAUGUCCUCCCCUCCACCGCGGAUGAAUUCGUCGAGGCGGGGGAGCCCAUGGAUGUGGAUGUAGUUGAGCCGAGCAUGGAGUUACAUGCAACAGAGACCAUUGGUAUGGCCGAGAAUUCUAUCGCCAACGGUGCUUUUGGUCUGAGACAGAAGGAUCUGGACCCCUUCGUGGGUGCGGAGUCAGACUCGGAUGAUGAUCUGGACUGUCAUGAUGUUGCGACUUCAUCAACACAAGACAGCGCAGUCAGGACCCCACGCCGUGCAAGGAAUACUUUGAGAAGCCACAGAGAAAGGCAAAGUAUGGAUGGACUUCAGUCCACCACAGAGAGCGCUCAGCCCACUCUCAUGGCAGGGCAAUAUGGCUUCACCCCCCUUGCUGAAAAGCUGAGUGAUUGGAAGGCGAACAGCCCGCUCAAAGUUGGACUGGAACCCCAGCAGUCGCCCUUGGGCAACGGUUUGUUAGAAGAGAAAAUCUUGACUACCGUGGCCGAAGCCCUGAUUCAGGAUUCGCCCGCGAAACCCGGAUUUUUUGACGAUGCCAUCUCGGUUGCCCCCGAAUCAAUACCCGAUGUCGACAAACACGUGAACAAGGCUAGCUCUUAUCAAGCGGCCGAAGCGGAGGUGGACAUUGAUGAGCCUGAGCUCGAACCUGUCCGCUGCACUCAGGAAGACUUUGAACUUGCCGCCGAGGCAGAUGUCAUGUCACUCCUGGAGCCAUCGCAACAUGACGAAGCACUUCACAACGACUUGAUCGAGGAUAAUGCAUCAGAGGCCAGCCAGGAAUACGGGGAUGAGAACGAUGCUCCGCCCAUCGAUCCUGCUCUGACCAACUCUCCUGGUGUUCCCCCAGUGACGCCAAAGCGUUUUGUCACACGUACUUUCCACACCGUAUCCAAAAUUCCACUCAAGCCAGCAGAUGAUUCCACGCCGAAGUCAGUAGGGUCGGCGACACAGAGGAAGCAGCGUAGGCACAGUCUUGCGAAGGUGCCUGCCGCCAUCAGCCCAAGUAACCGCCCUACCAAGGGCCUCCAAAGGAACGCAACCGUCAUCUCUUACUCGCCCACCAAAAAGGAGACCAAUUCAAUUGCGCACGAGAAUGCUCCCCGUGAGUUGUCUGCUUACCCCGAAACGCCUGUAAAAUCAACCGCCGGGUGGUCCACAUCCGGCACACCAGCCCGCACACCGCGACAGACCGUCAAUCCUGCACUUCUCAGAGGUGCGGUCGUCUUCGUAGACGUGCGCACCAGCGAUGGCGCCGAGGCUAGCAGCAUUUUUGUGGAUCUCCUCACGCAGAUGGGUGCAAGAUGUGUCAAGUCGUGGGCUUGGGAUCCUGAGAGCCAAGGCGACAACCAAACGACCGAUGAAGAAGACGAGGAUAUGCCUUCAGGAUCCAAGAUUGGAAUCACUCACGUGGUAUACAAAGAUGGUGGCAGGCGUACGCUUGAAAAGGUCAGGGAGACAAAUGGAGUAGUACAGUGUGUCGGCGUAUCUUGGGUUCUUGACUGCGAGCGCGAAAACGAAUGGCUUGACGAGGCGCCGUAUUACAUCGAAACUACCUUGGGCUCCCAUAGCGGUGUUGGUCGUCGCAAGACUAUGGAGCCGAGGGCCUUUGCCGAGACAGCUUCGUCAUCUCUUGAUGAUAGCAGCGGCAGACGCAAGUCCCGUGACUGUAAGACGGCUCCGUCAACGCCUGCUAACGGCCGGCGCAGCAGUGGGCUGUGGAUGCGUACUCCGGAGGAUGAGGUUUCGGCAGCCGCUCGCCGCGCCAGCAGCAUCUACGGGGACGGUGAUGGUGACUUUGGGGACGAAGAUGCGGACUGGGAGCUGGAAAGCAUGCUCAUGCCGGUGCCCAAGACUCCGGCGCCCGAGACGAUUGCGCGCUAUGCCGCAAACGUUACCCCGGAUACGCCAUCGGUCAACGAUGAGACAUUGUCGCUAAGCCGGGAUGAAUUAAUGAUGCGCACGUGCCCUCCGAAACCUGCGGGUGACAUCAUGUUGCUUGGUGAAGGUCUGCUAGCCAGGGAGAAGGACGAGGGUGUGCUGCAGCGUUUGAUGGCUGCGCGAAGGAAGAGCUUACAAUUUGCACCCAAAGUCGGCAGCCCACUGGCCAAGACUUGGCCAUGA